AUGUCGUCUUUCGGAACUGCGUUGCGCGUACACACGUUUGGCGAGUCGCAUGGCUCCGCCGUUGGGUGUAUAAUCGACGGACUGCCUCCUAGGCUUCCCCUCUGCGUCGAAGAUAUUCAGCCCCAGUUAGACCGCAGAAGACCCGGCCAAGGACUCCUGUCGACGCAGCGGGCAGAAAAAGACCGAGCACACAUUCUCGCUGGUGUGGAGGACGGAUAUACACUCGGCACUCCGGUAGCCGUGCUCGUCUGGAAUGAAGAUCGCCUGCCGCAAGACUACAACGCGCUCGCGGCAAUCCCGCGUCCGGGCCACGGGGAUUUCGCCUACCAUGCCAAGUACCACAUUCAUGCGAAAAGCGGGGGCGGCCGGAGCAGCGCACGAGAGACUCUGGCGCGAGUCGCCGCUGGAGCAGUGGUCGAGAAGUUGCUUGCGAUGGAGUACGGCACCAGCUUCACGGCUUGGGUCUGCCAGGUUGGUGAUGUCUCCGUGCCCCACACGCUCCGACGAGAGUGGGAGAGACAGCCCCCGACUCGCCAGGACGUAGAUCGCCUUGGCGUCGUCCGGCUGAGUCCAGAUGGAACCACGUAUCUCGACGCCAACGGUCGGUUGUACGACACGCGAGGAGACGAGCUCCUACAGGAGGAGGACAAAACCAAGCGUCGUCUCCUCUUUGGCGCGGACACGCCGGCGCCAGGAGAAUCGGUUAUUGAGACGCGGUGCCCGUGCCCGUCCACGGCUGUUCGAAUGGUUGUGAAGAUCAACCAGAUUCGGGCACUGGGCGAUUCGAUUGGCGGGUGCGUCUCUGGUGCAGUCGUGCGGCCACCGCUUGGCCUCGGCGAGCCGUGUUUCGACAAAGUCGAGGCGGAGCUGGCGAAGGCGAUGAUGUCGCUCCCUGCGACGAAAGGAUUUGAGAUUGGACAGGGUUUUGGGAGUGUCUCGCUGCGCGGCAGCGAGCACAACGACCGCUUCAUUCCCCACGCGGGAGUACCUUCUUUCUCGGAACCGGCCCCCGGCGAGCUCGAAACGGGCGGGCCCUCACCUAGACUUUCGAGGGAGUGUGGACAUCGCGACGGACCGUGUCGUGGGAGUGGCGAAGAGGCGGAAGGCGGGCGGGAACGCGCACGGAGCGAACCCCUCAACGCUGCUGAUGUAGACCUACCGACUCAGCGCUGGCAACAAUCCGUUGCGUCGGCGUCCAGUCCAGAAGCCGCUUCCACAAAUCAAGCACGCAAAGUUGGCGCUGGAGGCGCUCCACCGUGUCCCAUUCCCCCCGGCGCGGACGUGCGGAUCAGAUGCGGAAGCAACAACGCUGGCGGAACGCUCGGAGGCAUCACUUCAGGAGAGAACAUCUUUUUUCGGGUAGCCUUCAAGCCUGUUUCGUCCAUCGGCUUGGAACAAGAAACUGCUGAUUUUACCGGUGAAGUGCGCAAACUAGCAGUGAAAGGCCGCCAUGAUCCCUGCGUCCUUCCGCGAGCGCCUCCUCUGGUCGAGAGCAUGGCUGCUCUGGUGAUUGGCGAUCUUUGCCUCCGCCAGCGUGCCCGCGAAGGACCGCACCCUCUUCUCGUUCUGCCUCCUAACGGGGGACACCCAGCCUGCUGA